AGGCCGGGAAACGGCAGCAGUCGGGAACGCGCGGCGGUUGGGGUAUGAGGUGGCCGAGUGACAGGGAAGCGUGAGAGGCGUAUGAACUGCGAAUGUCACGAGAAAAUGCUCAACCCCGCUUGUCGAGCACGCCCGACGAAGAGAGGAUGGUGGUCAGCGCAUCCAGCGAGGCCCAGCCACCCACGGGUGCGGCCAUUCAUAGCCCCGGCCAGCCAUGUUCAAGCACAAACCCAGAGACGGCUGACGUUAUCAUUGAAGAAGAUUCCACGGAGGCCGUGUCGCGAGUGAAAGGCCUUCUCAGCUGUUCAGCCUGUGGUGUGCUCCUUCAGCAUGGGGAACACACACCGAAGUUGCUGCCAAGCUGUCUUCACACAGUCUGUUCUCGCUGUUCAGAACAGGGCAAUUCUGAAGAAGGCUUCCAAUGCGGUCUUUGUAUGACUACGUCACCCGAGGUGCUCGAUCAUCCUUUGGUGGAAGAGCUACUGCAACGAGAGCACGUGCAGCAAUGCGGCCAGUUUUGCGGACAGUGCGACGAACGUGGUGAACGGAUGGAUGCUGCCGGUACAUGCGAACAGUGCAAUAUGGAAUUGUGCAAAGUUUGCAUCAGCGCCCAUCAGAGGACCAAGGCUACCUGGACACAUAACAUUUCCAUGUUUGAUUUUGUCUUCACGGAGCCACAAUGCCCGAAACACAACAAGGUUUAUGACAACUACUGCGACACCUGUCGUGAAAUGGGAUGUGGUGACUGCAUCCUGUCGUCACAUAGAUCUCACGAGUCGUGCACACUCGAGGCGAAGGACGCAGAGAUAAAACGGAGGCUACAAGCCAGUCUGGAAAACAUGAGGGAGUUAAGGGCGUCUCUGAGCCAGAAAAUGGACAUCCUGAAGAAAGGUUUAGCCGAGGCUGACUCCAGCAAACAGCAAGGCAUCGAGCUCAUCCAGGGACAUCAUCAGGACUAUCAGGAGCGCAUCCGCGACUUCUUCAACAAGCAGCUGGUGGCGGCUCAGGAGCGGUACGACAUGUACGGCCACGAGCUGCAGACGCUGCUGGAGAGCGUGUCCCUGAUGGAGCUGCGUCUGGCACACCUGGACAACUUCGCCCACAGACUCCUGGAGAACGGCCGGCCGGCGACGCUCAUCGGUAACGCCAAAUACAUUCUGGCUCUUGCCAAGAAGCUGGGAAUGGUGGACAUCAACUGCCAGCCGGCGAAUCGGCUUCCCAAGAUGGAGCUGCGACGGAUCCUGCCCAUUGAUCGUAUCGGCGACAUGAUCUCCCUGGCACUGUUCGACGACGGCAAGUGCAUACAGCCCACCCUGCAUGACGCCUGCGUCAAGGCCUUCCUCGUGACCACCGCCCAGAUAAUGUACGUCCAGCUGCGCUCCCAAACAGACUUCGGCGUCAAGUACGUGACGAUGAUGUUCAGGGAGCUGAUUCAGCUGCCCAGCAUGCGGCCUGAGCUGUACAACAUGAUCAAGGAGCUGCAUGAUAGGGUGACCAGGAGCAUGGUGCAGCAGGGUGCACCCUCACAGGGCGUCCAGCAGCCGGGUCAGCCUCCUCCCGGCCAGCAGCACCAUUUUCCACAGCAACAGCAGCAGCAGCAGCAACGCGCUCCUCAGCAACAGCAGCAGCAGCAACGGCAACAGCAGCCGCCACAGCAGCAGCAGCAGCAGCAACAGCGUGUGCCUCAGCAGCAACAACAGUAUCAGCAGCAACGGCAACAGCAGCCGCCACAGCAGCAGCAGCAGCAGCAGCGUAUGCCUCAGCAGCAACAACAGUAUCAGCAGCAACGGCAACAGCCGCCACCACAGCAGCAGCAGCAGCGCGUGCCUCAGCAGCAACAGUAUCAACAGCAGCAACAGCAACGGCAACAGCAGCCGCCACAGCAGCAGCAACAACAAUAUCAACAGCCGCAGCAGCAGCAGCGGCCUCCUCAGCAGCAGAGGCAGGCGCCGUCCUACCCUCAGCAGCAGCAGCAGCAGCCGCCGCCGCCGCUGUUGCGUGUUCCUGUUCCGUCGUCAGCGGCUGGCGCGGGCAGGCCGCUGCCGCCCGGCUAUAUGGCCGCCGUCAGGGUCCCCGCGCCGGCCCCCAGCGCUGCACAGCAGGGCGCGCCUCCGCCGGCCGGCGUGCCUGAGGAGGCGGCGCCGUUCUCACUGAACCUGCAGGAGCAGGAGCUGGUCCAGCUGGUGGGUCAACAGCUGGGUCCCAUGCCGCAAAGGUCCGUGCUGAGCGAUCUGCUCACUGCGCCGACUGAGGGCCAGCCGAACCAGCAGCUGCCGCAGCAGAAUCAGCAGCUGCCCCAGCAGGCACAGCAGCAGCAGCAGCAAGUUGUCAAUGUUGAACUGUUAUCGGGUGGUGGACAACAGUUCCACCAGAACGUCCAGCAGCAGCGGGUGCCGCCAACGUCAGUUCCACCGCAAUACCAGCAGUCUGUGUACCACAUGCAGCAGCAGCAGCAGCAGCAGCAGCAACUCCAACAGCAGCAACAGCAGCAGCAUGGACCCCAGAUGUACCAACAACGGCAACAAUGUCCCAGCAGCAUGCCUCAACAGACGGUGGAACAGUAUCAGCUAGCGCAUCUGCUCCAGCAGCAGCAGCAGCAGCAGCCGUAUGGACAGCAGCAGCAGCAGCAACAACUCCCAGCGCAGUGCAUUCAGCAACAGCAACACUGGCAGAUGCAGCAGCAGCAGCAGCCUCAUCCGCAGUGGCGGCUGCAGCAACCUCAGCAGCAGUCACUGCCUCGACAACCUCCGCCUCAGCCCCAGCCGCUGCCUCCUCAGCCGCCUCCGCAGCAGCAGCCGCAGCCGCCGGAGCUGCCUCAGAUCCCGGUGAGCUGGCACAACCCAGCCACGCCGCGGCCGGCGCGACCGGUCCAGCUGUCCCUGGACAAACAGUUCCGGGUGCCACUCGGCAGGAAACGCAUGCCUUCUGGUGGCGACAGCCCACAGUCGACUGAUGCGCCAUCGAAGAAGACUAAGUCCAAGCCGAGGAAGCCUGCCGAAGCGAAGCGAGCGUCCAAAGCCAAGUUGAGCGUACCGGGCACCAUCACGCCGGAUGUGACGAUGACCCGGAUUGUGACUUUCCCCGACGCCUCGACGAGCGGUACUGUUCUGUGCGCCUCGCUCGACACGCCUGCUAGUACAGCCGCAGCGCAAGGAAACGCGAGUGAUGGCGGUCCCGCGAUCCCUCCGCUGGUGUCCCAACCGCAGUCAUCGGCGGAGCCCGACCCGCGGGCACAGACACCUUCGACUAGAGCUGCGGCUAUGCUGUCGGGCAGGAGCGGCAUCACUCUGACGCCACUCUCGACCGGACACGUGAACCGGCCGCCCAGUCAGCCGCAAACGCCGACAUCGCUGCCCUCCCCCAAGCAGGAGGCACCGUCUCCGUCUGCGGCGAGGACCCCAGUCCUGCAGCCGCCGAUGGUGGCUCUGUUUCAAGAGCAGCCGGCGCGGCCGCGGCCCGACGGUGGCUCACGGCCUGGAGAGCCGCAGUGGCCUCAGUCGCACCCCAUAGACACACUGAGGGAGUGGGUGGAGUCGGGAGAUAUCCGGAGGAGUGCCAGUGUGGAGGAGCCGCCAGUCGCCUCGGCUGAAGCGGCGCGGAAGCGAGCUCACAGUGGUGGUGAUGGAUGGCCGGGCGGGAGUGGCGCCGCAGCCCAGCCGCGUGCGGCGGAGAGGCCGGCCGUUGGUGAGGACGAGGUGCCAAAGAAGAGGCACCGCAGCUCACCGACGGAUGCCCCACCUCCGGCAGACACUCAGCGCUACCCCAGCAGCUGUCGGGUGAAGGCACCUUCACCACCGCAGGACUACGUACCGUCAUCGGCGGGCCGGCCACCAUCGGCGUCCCGCACCUAUUUACGGUCGUCUCGAGAUGAGUUCAUACUGCAGAAGUGCGCGCCGCGGGACCCGAGCGAGCGGCACAGCUCUGGCGAGUCCGGCUCGGGCGCCGACGCCGGUCUGGAGGUGAAUAUGCAGGUGGAGGAGCCGGCCGAGCAGACGCAGCAGAGCGGACCGCGCCGGAGCCCCGCCCCGGCCGCCCCGCCGCCCCCCGGUGGGACCAGCGAGUCGGCCGGGACCGGCACGGCACAGGGAGCCGCUCCAGCCGGCACUCCCACAACCUCUGCCAGCCCCCAGCCGGGGCCCAGCCGGCGGGAGUUCUCAGAGGACACUACUCGGAGGAGGUCCUCAGACUCCUCCGGACGGCGCCCGUCCUCGGAACAGCCGCCGGACCGGCUGGUGCCGCUCAGUGGGCAGACCCCGGCCGGCGUGCGUCCGGAGGAGCUCACCCACGUGGUGCGCGUGCCCGAGUCGGUGGCCAACGGUGAGGCGGCCCUCGACUGGGAGCCGGCCAGAGACCCGCUGGGUAUUUGUUUCCCGCGGGGGAUGCUCUACGAGCCCCCGGCGCGCGGUCCCACGUCUCCCAAUAUCAGCUACUGCGUGCUCUGCUGGGAUGGCGGUGACCUGCUGCUCUGUGACUCGUGUGAGCGCGCCUUCCAUCGGGAGUGCUACGUCGGACCCGCCGGCGACGAGGAAGGAGAAGACAGCUGGCUCUGCCUGAUGUGCCGAGUGAUGCCGUCACCUAUGAGCCCGCUGGACCGCCGGCCGGGCGAUACCAUGAACGAAACCGACAUGACGCUCGCCAGACGACUGUUAACCGAACUGUACGCCUGCUACUACCCGGCCAUGUACUUCAAAAGCCUCCAGAAUAUGUCGCUGAAGCGAGGCUUGAACAGCAGCUUUUCCCGAGCUUGGCUGAAACGUAUCCUGGUGGGGGCCAAGGCAAAGGUUUCUGACGGUUUCAGCAAGCGAGGCGCUUUUUACCUCAGUCUUUAUACAAUUUGUCAGCCGUUUGUUGGCAAGAAACUGCCCGAGUUUGAUGCCAUCGAGAAGCCCGUCUGCCUGGACGGAAUCAAAGAGCGACUGCUCAACCACGAGUUCGAGACACUCAUGGGCUUUCUGCGCACCACCAAAAAACUGGUCGACCAGAUCCGCUUUUUCAAGAGGGGCACACCGGUGCACAAGUACCUGAGGGAACUGGAUGAGAAGUUCGAAGAGUUCCUUCAGCUCCACAUGAAGGACUUCUGGCUCCAGCUGGAUGACAAGGCGCUCAAGCGUUGAACAGAAGUCCGAUGAGACGCACAAAUGCUUUAAAGAAAAGCCAACAGUUCAUUCAGGCUCAGAACUGUUUUAGAGAAGCCCGGCUGAUAGCAAGAUGGUAUACAAAUAACAAGUACUCAAGAGAAGCCCAUUCGACGGCAAGGUGCCCUAAAACUUGUAAAUAAUAGCCGGGCGCUCAAGUACUUACAGGCUCAAGUACUUACGGGAACACGGCGGUCAACAGGCCAUGUGAUGUAUGUCUAACGCACAAGUAUUUAGACAAGACUGAUCAAUAGCGAAACGCUUCAGUACUCGAGAGAAGCCUAAACGCCGGGCAUGCCACCCACGGCGAACUAGACCGUCGGUGCAGCAGCAGCAGGGCCUGUGAUGUCAAGUCCAAGCUGUACUCGCCAAUUUUCAUUUCUUCGCUUUUGUUUUUUACUUUCAGUUUGUUCGAUGGACAUUUCGUGCGAUAUUUGUAGGUACUGGUUAGAAGCUCAUCAGUGAUCGGACGGCAGUUGGUGACAUACAACCGACAUGCAGACAGGCAGAUAGAGCCACAGAUACUAUGUAGAGGGAAAACAAUACCAUGUUAAAUAAGAACAAAGCAAUAUCGAAAGCUCUCUAUCGUCGCCGUGUAGCAGUCUUGCUCGGAUGAUUUUCAUUGACGCGGUUGUACCGUAGCUAUCAAAUAUGUCAAGUCGGCGCGUUCGAUGUCCUGCGCGACAUUUCGUGACACGGUUAGACGCUGGCCGUAGUCUCAGGCAGGCUGAACAUGACGAGGUGUAUAUUCCUUUAACCUGGGUGGUUGGGGGCUCCCUAGAACAGUGGAGUGCUGGCCGGCGCUGGAUGGGACCCGGCUGAUCCCCGUGUAUCUGUGAUAGUACCCGCUGAUCAGAUUUGUUAUCUCACGUUGAGAGAUGUGUUGUCUAAGUCAAGCGUUGUCUAAGUCACGAACUGUGCGUUGUAGUGUGGUAGUUACGCGUUAAGACGCUAAAUAUGUGUGGUAGUGAAGGGAGUUGAGUGUACAAACGCAAAGCGCAUCUCAAUGUUUUAUAUUCGAGUGUAUUAAUAUUAAACAAGUUCCUUGCCAUUUUUAA